AACAUUUACACAUUUUAAAGACUUACAGAAACUUAAGGCAUAUUAAGGUGACAGUUACCUAGAAUCUGAAAUUGAAGUUACUGAAAUCAUUUGAAGUUACUUUUUUGAUAUUCAAGUGCAAAAACAAGUCACAGAAUGAAGAAAAAGGUUUUACUUAUGGGUAAAUCAGGAGCAGGAAAGACAAGCAUGCGCUCAAUUAUAUUCGCAAACUUCAUAGCAAGAGAUACAAGACGGCUUGGAGCAACAAUUGACGUUGAGCAUGCUCAUGUAAGGUUUCUUGGCAACCUUAUAUUAAACUUAUGGGAUUGUGGAGGGCAGGAAGCAUUCAUGGAAAACUACUUUGCAAGUCAAAAGGACAAUAUCUUUCGUAAUGUUGAAGUCAUGAUUUAUGUCUUUGACGUCGAGAGCAGAGAAUUGGAACGUGACAUGCAUUAUUAUCAAACAUGUCUUGAAGCAAUCUUGCAAAAUUCACCAAAUGCCAAAAUCUUCUGUCUUAUCCAUAAAAUGGACCUGGUACAAGAGGACCAAAGAGACAUUGUCUUUGGUGCAAGGGAAGAGGAACUUGUACGUUUAUCUAAACCACUGGAGUGUUCUUGCUUCAAAACCUCCAUAUGGGAUGAAACAUUAUACAAAGCGUGGUCAAGCAUCAUGUACCAGCUGAUACCAAAUGUACAGGAGUUAGAAUCAAACUUGGCGAGGUUUUCAGAGAUUAUCAAUGCAGAUGAGGUUCUGUUGUUUGAAAAGGCAACUUUUUUGGUUAUUUCUCACAAUGAAAGGAGAGAACAUAAAGACAUUCAUCGCUUUGAGAAAAUAAGCAACAUCAUAAAACAAUUUAAGUUAAGUUGUAGCAAAGUAGCUGCCUCGUUUCAAAGUAUGGAGGUACGGAACAAAAGUUUUGCAGCUUUUAUUGAAAUGUUCACUUCAAAUACCUAUGUGAUGGUCAUAAUGUCGGACACUUCAAUGCCAUCCGAGUUGACGCUUAUUAACAUCCGGAACGCUCGAAAACAUUUUGAAAAACUUGAAAAGCUCGACCGGAAUCGAUUAGACCCAGGAAGGCAGUGGAAAGUUUGAUUUCUUGUGAUUUUAAAUUAACUACAUGGAUUCUAUGUAAUAGGCAAUACGACGGGACAUUUGCGUUUUAUUUUGCAUCUAUUACAAAACAAUGUUACCAUUAGCAAAUGAAACAGUUUUCUUAAAAAAUCUACAUUGCAACUAUGCUCAUCGUAUAUGGUGAUACUUUCAGGUGUUAGUUCAAGUACAUUAAAUACGGUAUUACUUACCAUCUGAGCAAUGAACUACGACAUAAACCCCUAUUUCAGCUGGUUGUUGCUCUUUGCUUAUAUAUAGAAAUUUUUACAUAAUAUGUGAAUUAAGCUUAUUUAAUUGUUGGUAUGUUGAAUACUGUUCGCACAUACUUUAGCUUGUACCUCUCCAAAUUUAAUUUUUUUACAUUUGUAUGUGCAGUGAUGUAUGAACGACUUUACUUGACUUUUAUCCACAUGUAAUUAAAAGUAAACUGACAGAACCAAAUAAAAAAUAGCAAAUACAACA